UCCAAAGUUGGCAAUUAAACUGAUCUCCGCCGGCGAGCAUCUCUCUGCAAUGAAGAUCGAAAUUAGGGAUUCGACGAUGGUGAGGCCGGCGGCGGCGACGCCGACGGUGAGCCUCUGGAACUCCAACGUCGACCUGGUCGUCCCCAACUUUCACACCCCCAGCGUCUACUUCUACCGUCCCACCGGAGCCGAGAAUUUCUUCGACGCGGCGGUGCUCAAGGCGGCGCUCUCCCGCGCCUUGGUGCCGUUCUAUCCGAUGGGAGGAAGACUCAAAAGAGACGAAGACGGACGAAUCGAGAUCGAUUGCAACGGCGAAGGAGUGCUGUUCGUCGAGGCGGAGUCCGACGGCACGAUCGACGAUUUCGGCGAUUUUGCUCCGACGUUGGAGCUCCGCCGCCUCAUUCCGGCGGUCGAUUAUUCCCAGGGGAUUUCUAGCUACGCACUUCUCGUAUUGCAGGUCACGCAUUUCAAAUGCGGCGGCGUCUCUUUAGGCGUGGGUAUGCAGCACCACGUCGCCGACGGAUUCUCCGGCCUCCAUUUCGUCAACACGUGGUCGGACAUGGCCCGCGGCCUCGACCUGACGGUGGCGCCGUACAUCGACAGGACACUGCUCCGAGCACGAGAUCCGCCGCAGCCGCAGUUCAAGCACAUUGAGUACCAGCCGCCUCCGUCAAUGAAAACAGGGGAUAAAAUCACCAACACGGUCCCCGACACGGCCGUGUCGAUAUUCAAGCUAACUCGUGAUCAGCUCACCUCCCUCAAGGCCAAGUCCAAGGAGGAUGGCAACACGGUCACUUACAGCUCCUACGAGAUGCUCUCCGGCCACGUCUGGCGCAGCGUCUGCAAGUCCCGGGACCUGCCGGAGGAUCAAGAAACCAAGCUGUACAUCGCGACCGACGGCCGGUCGAGGCUCCGGCCUCCGCUCCCGGAGGGAUACUUCGGCAACGUAAUCUUCACAACCACGCCAAUCGCCGCGUCCGGCGAUCUCGUUUCGAAGCCUGUUUGGUAUGCCGCAAGUAAAAUUCACGACGCGUUGGGUCAAAUGGACAACGAGUACUUAAGAUCGGCUCUCGAUUAUCUCGAAAUCCAGCCCGAUCUUAAGGCCUUGGUUCGCGGCGCGCACACUUUUAAGUGUCCUAAUCUCGGGAUAACGAGCUGGGUUCGACUUCCUAUCCACGACGCCGAUUUCGGAUGGGGCAGACCGAUCUUCAUGGGACCGGGCGGGAUCGCGUACGAAGGCCUCAGCUUCAUCAUCCCUAGCGCGACAAACGAUGGGAGUUUAUCCGUCGCGAUCUCUCUCCAGGCUGAGCAUAUGAAGGUUUUCGAGAAGCUCCUCUACGAUAUUUAAUCGAGUCGCUCGAAAAAUCGAUGUUUUUAGACAUGGCAAGGCCUUAAAUUUACAACAUGUCCUGUUUUAAGAUACAUUUAUGCACAAAGAUAUUUGUCUUUGUUUUCA